UAUAAAUGCGGUGUUUCGAAAAAAAUUAAAUACCACGCUGUUCAGACAAAUUUUACGUAUCGCGCAUUGCUCGAUCGAUGUAAUUUGAAUCAUUUUUUACUUAUUUUCAUUAUCAUUCUUUGAACGGUGGCUUGUCCGUGCGAAAGCGCCGACUUUAUGAAUCACCCGGUAUAAACAAACAAAGUCGCACAAGCAUUAUAGCAGCUACGCGCUUCCAUAUACGAACGGAGCUGCCGGGGACAAUUUAUCGUGACGCGGAGACGCGUGCACGGUAAGCGGAACUCCUAUAACUGGUCGCGAGCCUACGCGCUCCAUAAAUUGAAUCGAAUAAGGCUCGCGCGAUCAACGCGAGGAGCGCGGGCCCGUUGGUCGUCGGCGAAGCCACUUCCUUGACGCGCCGUAAUAGCGGCUGCAGUGCCGUCUCGCACGUUGGCGUCGUUGACCACCGUAACAGUAUAACGUAUAACAUAUAUAUACAUACUCGAGCGAGUCGAGUCAGUGCGCCGGUUGCCGUCGGACGCCCGUUAGAGGUUUCGGAGCGAACUUGGAAGGGGACUCGACGAAAACCGCGCCGGAACCCGAGACGGGAGCGGAGCGCCGGGCGAGGACGUUACUUUCCUGAACGCUGCGUCGGCGGAUCGUCUCGUUUAAUCGAGCGAGGAAGCGAGAGAAAGAGAGAGAAAGAGAAAGAGAGAGAAAUACGAGCACCUGUCAGCCGAGAAACGUGCCUGUUCGGAGAAUAAUGUUACGAUGUCACACUACAGUAAAAAUACCUGCGACCAAAGGACUGCGAUGAUCGAUCAUGAAAGGAAGUAUCAGGAGGAUUUGGAACAAGCCAAGGCUCUCAGUUUGGAGACCUUGGCUCUAGAAAAAUACAGAUUGGAGAAGUUGCGAUUGGAACUUAGUAACGUGCAGCAGGCAUGCAUCAUUCAAAACAAUGUGUGCAAUACAAAUAGUGUGUUAGAGACAGACAGCUCGCAAGGAGAAAGGUCUCAAUGCAGAAGUCGACCAAGGCCUGGAUGCAUUAACACAAAUCAAAAAAGUACUGCAAUAUUAGCUCCGCCACCUCCAAUACCAUGUAGAAGAAAUUCGACGACUGCCACGUCAAGUCAAGAUACCACUGAUCUAAUCAAUUUUACAAGCCCUAUAAAACAGGAUAAUUUGGUUGAAUAUUGUUCAACUCCACCUCCACCACCACCAAAAGCACCAAUAGAACCUAAAUGGGAUACUCAUCCGUCAUUAUUGAAGAAACAGUCAAGAGUAUCUCGAAGCAACAGUUCAGUUGGCGCAUAUCAGUCUAGGGACUUUAGGUAUCACUCCCUUUCCCCAGGCCCGCGAUCUUCGACAGCACCAUGUACGCCAGGAACACCAGGAAUCAGUCCUAUCAUGUCAAGAGCUAGUAGUGUUAGCAAUAAUGUACCUGAUAUUGCACCACAGCCUGCAUGGAAAUCUAUUAUCUUUAAGCAUUUUUUCUUCACGCAGAUUCCUCCAUUGCCUAUAAAUUAUAGACCAACUGUUGCACCUGCCAUAUGUGCUCCAUUUUGUAUGGAUGAUGAACAGUUGAAUAUAUUAAAAGUGAUAGAGAAAAAGCCAAAUAGCAAUCUUAUAGAUUUGAAUAGUUUCGAGCAAACAGAAGACAAAACCAAUGUACGAGUUAGCGUAUUGGAAGCAUUCGAUCCAUUACUUAUUAAGACUGACAAUGGAAGUAAUUCUAGAGAAUUUAAAGAUGAUUCGCAAUCGCAAAUUAGUGGCAGUGUAUAUGAUCCAUUCGACCCGUUUGAUUAUAUGUAUAGCACAAAUGAAAGUGUCAACUCGGAUCCGGUUUAUGCCGCUGUGGAGAAAUCUGCAAAAUCGCCAGCUGUGUCGCCAGCCGCACCACCUCCACUGCCUCCUCGAAAUUCGUCCGCAUGGAAUACUAUAGAGAGACGAAGAACCUCUUUAGAUCGUCGACAGAAGCGUCAAACACGAUUGUAUGAGAAUGUAACAGUCAUUAAAACUAGAUCGUCUCUGCAUGAUUGUGAUCUGAAGGCAUUUCACAACAUGAUAAAGUCUAUACGAAGCGAGUUUCCAUUUAAUAAUCCUAGUACAAAUAUUGGAUAUGUUGUUAGCCCAAUAAUGGAGAAUCUCUAUCCAGAUGGUACAAGUAUAAAAUUAGUAGUUCAUCCACAAUUACCCAGUAACGAUAAAGAUCCUGUACCAUCUAUUACUUUCACUUGUAAUGUGAAUUGCAGUGUCGAACAUGUUAUCUUGAACGUUGCCUGUUCCUUGGAUGAUGAAGAUACAGUAAAUGUAGAAAAGUAUUGUUUAAGAGUAUGGGGGCUAGCUGAGUAUCUUGCACCUAACACAACCUUAGCACAAUACGAAUACAUACACUUAUGUAUUAAAUUAGAAAAAGAUAUUGAAUUAGCUAUAAUGAGCAGAGCACAAAUUAAACAAUCCAUUGCUCGAACGUUACAAGAUGAUAAUUGUGAUCAGUCUCUAAAAUUAGAAGACAUUCUACCAAAUGAACCAUCGCAGCCUAUUUCAUAUGAUACAUUACUUAUUUUACUAGAGACAGUAGAAAAGGAAAUGGAACGCGUAGAAACUGCAGCGUUACAAUUGGCAACCACAAAUCAAGGUUCUACCUUAUUACCUCAACUUCAACCGCACGGUGUAGUACAAGCAGUUAAAGCAGUAUGUGCCUUAAUGGGAAACAUUGAAACAUUUGAAAUUACGGAAGCUGUUGACAAUUUCGUAAAUGCUUGCUGUCAAUUUCUGCCGCAAGUUCAUACAGCUAAUAUAGAAUGUAAAAAGCCGGAGAUUAUACAUGAAGAUGGCGAUUACGCUGUGGUUACUUUGAGAAAAAAGUUUCCCGAUGUGAUUGCCUCUCAUUGUCAUAAAAUUCGUGACGCAAUUCAAGAACUCGUCGAGACGUACUGUCAUGCAUUUAAGGUCGACUUUCAAUUGAAUAGCAAAGGAGAAUUUCCAACAAAUACACUGAUUGCGACAGAAGUAAUCGAUACUAUUUUGGUGCGUGUUGGAGCUCUGCAUAGGCUACCAACUACAUGGAAACAUGACGAUUAUAUAGUGGCAGCUCAAAUCUUUCAUGGAACUAGACCUGUAGGAAAUCCAGUUUUGUCGGAACCAAUGACGGUUAGCACGAAUUUUUAUCCAAGAAUUUUAUUUAAUUCAUGGUUGGAAUUUCGUGGAAUAAGUGUGUGUCAAGUGCCACGGGAGGCGAGACUUGUGUUAGUUCUUUAUGGACGUACGCUGCAGCCUGCGGAGCACGAAUCUAAUUCAUCUGCAGAGAACGCAAUGCAGAAAGAAGAACUUGGAUGGGGUGCUAUACAAUUCUUCGAUUAUGACGGCGUUAUGAGCCAAGGAAGUUUUUUUCUGUCUCUUUGGCCAGCUAUCGCAGACAAACGAUUAGGUCCAGCGCCAGCGCCUGGAAUCCAUCCCCGCGGCGAUACUCAUCCCAUUAUAGGACUAGAAUUACCCGAUUAUGGGGGAAAGGUUUUAUUCCCUAAUUCUUCGGAAUUGCGAGAUUAUGACGUGAAAUCAUUAGAUUUUAAUUCGUUAGAUCAAAAUACGCAAGAGCUAUUAAUAGACAUUACACAGCAAGAUACAUUUUCGAGACCGCCUAUCGAUGAAAGAGAAAUUUUAUGGGAGAAAAGGCAUUAUUUACAUGAUAGACCUGAAGCUUUACCAAAAGUAUUACUAGCUGCACACAGUUGGGAUUGGGCUUGUCUACCGGAUUUACAUGCAUCGCUUAGAAUUUGGAGUCCACUGCCUCCAGUACAAGCAUUGCAGUUACUUUUACCAUGCUUUCCAGAUAUGAAAGUUAGAGAGAUGGCAGUUGAUUGGAUCCGCGAAUUAAGUAAUGAUGAAUUGGUUGAUUAUCUACCACAACUACUUCAAGCAAUAAAACAUGAAACAUAUGAAGCAUCACCUCUAACUCGAUUCUUAUUAGAACGUGCCUUACUUUCACCAAGAGUGGCUCAUUAUAUUUACUGGUUGCUAAAUCAAGCUCUGCCGGGACAAAGUCCCCAGGUACAGAAUUCUGCUGAAAUCUCAACGGAAGAUGACAAAGCAAUUAGUUGUGCUCGUUAUCAACGAAGAUUACAAUUAAUGUUGAGAGCGCUAUUAGCAGUUAUCGGAGAUGCUCUGAGAAACAGUUUUCUCACUCAACAAUUGCUAGUUAAAAACCUACAUCAAGUGGCUGAAAAUAUUAAAGUUACAAAGGAAUCUUUACGAAUGGAUACACUUAAAACUGGUUUACAAGAAAUACACUGCCACUUAAAGGAAGACGAUGGAACAUGUUUACCACUAUCUCCUAGUAAAUUAGUAUUUGGUAUCAAUGUACAGACAUGUGCCUAUUUUCCAUCGUUCACUCUUCCAUUAAAAAUUAACUUUAUCAGUUGUGAUAAUGUUAUAAAUCCAGCGAUAUUCAAGGUUGGCGAUGAUUUGCAGCAGGAUAUGUUGACUCUCCAGAUGGUGCGCAUUAUGGAUAAAUUGUGGUUGAAGGAAGGUCUUGAUUUAAAAAUGGUUACUUUUGCUUGUGUGCCCACCGGCCACAAACGCGGAAUGAUAGAAAUGGUAACGAAUGCAGAAACGUUACGGAAAAUCCAAGUCGAGUUUGGACUAACAGGAUCAUUUAAGGAUCGACCGAUCGCGGAGUGGUUAGCGAAGCAUAAUCCUUCGGAACUGGAAUAUGAAAGAGCGGUGGAUAAUUUUACUGCUUCUUGUGCUGGCUACAGCGUUGCCACUUAUAUUUUAGGAAUUUGUGAUAGGCAUAAUGACAAUAUUAUGCUAAAGACAUCUGGUCAUUUAUUUCAUAUUGAUUUUGGAAAAUUUCUUGGUGACGCGCAAAUGUUUGGAAACUUUAAGAGAGAUAGGACGCCAUUUGUAUUGACGUCUGAUAUGGCAUAUGUUAUAAAUGGUGGUGAUAAACCUUCAGCGAAAUUUCAUCAUUUCGUCGAUUUAUGUUGUCAAGCUUUUAAUAUAGUGCGAAAACAUGGAAAUCUUAUUCUUCAUCUUUUUGGAUUGAUGACUUCAUCCGGUAUUCCUGGGGUGACCGUGGACGCAGUUAGUUAUGUGCAGAAAGCACUGCUUCCUGGACAAACAAAUCCCGAAGCAGCGGCGACUUUCGCUCGUAUGAUAGAAAGUUCACUGAAAAGUUGGUUUACGCAAUUUAAUUUUUUCUUACAUAAUCUGGCGCAGAUGAGAUUCUCUGGAGAUCACAGUGAGGGGGAAUUACUAUCCUUCAUUCCGCGCACGUACACAAUGCAGCAAGAAGGUGAAUUAACAAGCGUCCAGGUUCAUGGAUAUCAGAAACGCUAUGAUCCGGAGAAAUAUUACAUGUACAUUUUACGAAUCCAACGGAAGGGCCAACCAGAUCCAACAUAUUUAUUCCGAUCAUACAAAGAGUUUUGCGAAUUCUAUCAGAAAUUGUGCAUACAUUUUCCACUUGCUAAAGUAACCAGCUUACCAAGUGGAAUUAGCGUGGGACGUUCUAAUAUUAAACAGGUAGCCGAUAAACGACGUGCGGAUAUAGAAAAGUUUCUUGUGAGUCUGUUUAAAAUGGCACCGGAAAUAUCUCAAAGUGAUCUGGUAUAUACUUUCUUUCAUCCACUAUUACGAGACCAAAAGAAUCCCGACAUUCGUUUGCGUAAAGUCAAAGUUGGAAAUAAUUGGUGGGCUGAGAAGAGAGUCAGAGAUAACAUGCAGAGUGGUCAAAUCAAAUUGGCUCUUCAUUAUGUUCGCGGCACUUUAUCUGUCAUGGUUUGCCAUGCACGAGGUCUCCCCAAAGUGGCUAAUGCUCAAGAGCCAAAUACGUAUGUGAAGGUAUACCUCAAGCCCGAUCCUACAAAGGCAACAAAACGGAAAACGAAAGUAGUAAAGAAGAAUUGUUAUCCAUCUUUCAUGGAGAUGUUGGAGUAUAGAAUGCCUCUAGAAGUAAUCAGGGAAAGAACGCUCGAAGCAACGAUAUGGAAUCAUGAUACUUUACAGGAGAAUGAAUUUCUCGGUGGUAUAAGUUUGCCACUCGGACAUGUUGACUUGACAAACGAAACUAAUGAAUGGUUCCCAUUAGCAGAACUUCGGUUUCUUUGACGAAGAUAAACUCGAAAAAUAAACGUGAAAAAUUAUGUGAUAUCUGAAAGAAGAUAAUUAUACGCAGGAGGAGAGUCAACUUUUAUAAUAAUUAUUAAAAAAGAUAGUUUACACAUAAUGAUGAUAGUAUAGAAUCUGAAAAGCAUCUAAAUUAAGUUUGCAUAACAAGUAGUUUAGGAACGAAAAAAAUUUUUUACAGAAAUUUUGAGUAUAUCA